ACUUUUCUUGUAAAUCAAUAAUAUUAGGUGCAGUGGAAAACUAGCACAAUUUUUAUCUUUAAGAUACGAAAACUGUGAACAAAAGGUUCAAAGUGCAAAUUUUAAACUCUAGAGUAUUGAAAAGUCUUUCGGGAACUUAUUCCACAUAUUUUGUGACUACAUUCGUGCAGAUCGGUCGCGGAUAAGCGCAGAAACAUGGAUUCGUUGAUACCAAUAGUUAAUAAGCUCCAGGAUGCGUUCACCCAAAUGGGUGUUCAUAUGCAGUUGGACUUGCCACAAAUCGCUGUGGUGGGUGGCCAAUCUGCAGGAAAAUCCUCGGUAUUAGAAAACUUCGUCGGAAAGGAUUUCUUACCGCGAGGUUCCGGCAUUGUUACUCGACGACCUUUAAUUUUGCAAUUGAUUAAUGGAACCGUUGAAUACGGCGAAUUUCUUCAUCAGAAGGGGAAGAAGCUGACAAAUUUUGAUGAGAUACGACAAGAGAUAGAAGCAGAAACGGACCGCGUUACUGGAUCCAAUAAGGGCAUUUCAAACAUUCCAAUUAAUCUAAGGGUUUACUCACCUCAUGUACUCAAUUUAACCCUUAUCGAUUUACCCGGUUUGACCAAAGUGCCAAUCGGAGACCAGCCGGCGGAUAUAGAAAAUCAAAUCAAAGGCAUGAUUUUCCAAUUUAUUCGCAAGGAAACAUGUCUAAUCCUUGCAGUUACACCGGCGAAUACCGAUUUGGCAAACUCAGACGCCCUGAAACUUGCUAAGGAGGUCGAUCCUCAAGGUGUUCGAACAAUUGGUGUCAUCACCAAACUAGAUUUGAUGGACGAAGGCACGGAUGCAAGAGAUAUUCUCGAGAAUAAAUUGCUACCUUUGCGGCGUGGCUACAUCGGUGUUGUCAACCGAUCUCAGAAGGACAUUGAAGGGCGCAAGGAUAUCCACGCAGCCUUGGCAGCGGAAAGAAAAUUUUUCCUCAGUCAUCCAAGCUACAGACAUAUUGCCGAUCGAUUGGGAACACCUUAUCUACAAAAAGUGCUCAACCAGCAACUUACUAACCACAUUCGUGAUACACUCCCAGGACUGCGUGAUCGGCUUCAGAAGCAACUUUUGACUCUGGAAAAAGAUGUGGAACAAUUCAAACACUUCCGACCGGACGACCCGAGCAUAAAAACAAAAGCCAUGCUACAGAUGAUCCAACAGUUGCAAUCUGAUUUCGAACGAACUAUUGAAGGUUCGGGUUCCGCUCUAGUCAACACGAAUGAAUUGUCUGGUGGUGCUAAAAUCAACAGGAUAUUCCAUGAACGUUUACGUUUUGAAAUCGUAAAAAUGUCUUGCGACGAAAAAGAACUGCGUCGGGAGAUUUCAUUCGCUAUCCGCAAUAUUCACGGUAUUCGAGUAGGUUUGUUCACUCCUGAUAUGGCCUUUGAAGCUAUCGUCAAGAAGCAAAUAUCUCAGCUGAAGGAACCAAUCUUAAAAUGUAUUGAUUUGACUGUGCAGGAGCUGUCCAAUGUAGUCAGAAUUUGUACAGACAAGAUGGCUCGCUAUCCUAGACUCCGUGACGAAACAGAGCGCAUUAUCACAACUCACAUACGACAAUGUGAACAAAAAGCCAAAGAGCAAUUGUUGUUGAUGAUUGAUUACGAACUUGCAUACAUGAAUACCAAUCAUGAAGAUUUCAUCGGAUUUGCAAACAUAUGCAGCUCAAAUUUCAAUGCUCAAAAUAAGACCGAAAGUGCGGCUAAGACAGGUACACGCAGUCUUGGAAAUCAAGUUAUUAGAAAAGGACAUAUGUGCAUUCAAAACCUGGGAAUCAUGAAAGGCGGUUCCCGUCCAUAUUGGUUUGUAUUAACCUCGGAAAGUAUUUCUUGGUUCAAGGACGAAGAUGAGAAAGAGAAAAAGUUCAUGCUACCAUUGGACGGUCUCAAACUGCGAGAUAUUGAACAAGGCUUUAUGUCGCGUCGUCAUACAUUUGCACUGUUCAAUCCCGAGGGUCGUAACGUGUAUAAGGACUACAAACAAUUGGAAUUAUCUUGCGAGAGUACUGACGACGUUGAUUCGUGGAAAGCAUCAUUUUUAAGAGCUGGCGUGUAUCCAGAAAAGGAUUCAUCUACUAAUGGUGAAGAAUCUGAAGGAACUGAGGAUAAUUCAAGCGAAGUUGGACAGACUAGUUCCUUGGAUCCUCAAUUGGAAAGGCAAGUUGAAACAAUUCGUAAUCUAGUCGAUUCUUACAUGAAAAUCGUAACCAAAACUACACGAGAUAUGGUGCCGAAAGCGAUAAUGAUGCUUAUUAUAAACAAUGCCAAGGACUUUAUUACUGGUGAACUGCUGGCUCAUUUAUAUGCUACUGGCGAUCAGGCUAGUAUGAUGGAAGAAAGUCCUGAGGAAGCGCAAAAACGGGAGGAAAUGCUUCGAAUGUAUCAUGCUUGUAAAGAGGCUCUUAGAAUCAUUGGAGAUGUUUCGAUGGCUACAUUCUCAACGCCAGUUCCGCCACCAGUUAAGAAUGAUUGGCUUUCGAGUGGAAUGGACAAUCCACGAUUAUCACCACCGAGUCCAGGAGGCCCUCGUAAAAAUGCUCCCCAGCAACAGAGCUCAAUCGGUUCAAUGGGAGCUCCUGCAACAGCUGGACGUGGUCCACCACCGGCACCGACGAGCGCUAGGCCAGCGCCAGCUAUUCCCAACAGACCGGGAGGAGGAGGUGCCCCUCCAUUGCCACAGGGAAGACCAACCGGUCAAGCUCUUCCAGCUCCACUGAUACCAUCGAGGCGUUAAAAAGCAAAAUAUUUACAAUAUGAUAUUAACGUUGCGGCUCUAAAAUACUUUCUAUCCGAAAUAUCUGUUGUGCAAACCAUGUCCUACUAUUAGUCGUUUCAAAUUUAUAUUGUACAGUAUCAAUUAGCAAGUAAUGACGUUGCAAUGUAGAGGAAUGAUAGAAUUUGCUGUGAUGUUUUAUGAACCACAACCGUCGAGCAAUAUCUAAAACUUAAAUGAUAUGUAUUCCUAGAAUUCAUACUAUUUAAUCCUAAUCGAAGUAACAAACAACACACAGAAUUGACAAAAAUUAUAAAAACUUAAAAAGAUCAAUUAUCAAACGUUUACAAAUGUAUUGAAUAGAAAUUUCUAGGACUGAAGAGAUUUUGUUGGUAGAAGUCGUUUAAGAAGCGAUAGAAUUAUAUCAUUGCUACACAUUAUCCAGAUGCAACGAAAGAAUUUAGAGAAUUCAAUGUCCUCUGCUUUACACGUUCCAAUUAUCUGUCAAUUGUUGUUGGAAAGUGAAGAUCAAGCUAUAUGAGCACAUUUUGGAACAAACUGAUAAAACAGGCAUUGUGGUACACGAAUACAUUGAUAAUUUUCCAAGAACCAACCUCAUUAUCUGUGAUUAUAUUGUUUUGGAUCAUUCCAAUUUUCUACACACAUACACACACAAAAUAUUAAUUUUCAGUUUACAAUUGAGUCACAAACAAAAUCAUUAAAUAAAUCUUUGACGCCGAUGAGGACUAGAGAUUUUUUAUAAUGUUCAUUCUUUUAAAUUUUCAUCUACAAUUUUGAGUUGAAACAAUGAUGUAUAGGUUCAUCAAACUAACAGCUUUCGCACCAGGAUAAGGCUAUAUGAACAUGCUAAAGAUAGUUUAAUUAUAUAUAAAUGUUAUUCCCUAUAACAAAUGAGAAAGGGAAAAUGAUAUUGUAAUUGAAAACCGCAAACUGUGCGAUUAUUUCCAUUGCAAUUAGUGAGCACCCAAUAAGUUUCCAAUACCAAUCAUACCACGUUGCAUUUAGAAAGACUAUUAUAAAAUAAUUUUAUCCAAAAGUGUUCUUAAUAUAAAGCACGCAUUUUACUGGUAAAAUAGCAUUGAUCAGUUGUAGAGAAUAGACAAAAUAUUACUUUAUCCAAAAAAAAAAAAAAAAAAAAAAACAA